AUGGAGAAUAAGGGUUAUUCAAUUUUAGAAAAGAGGAAAUUUGGUGGGAAGGGGAAAUUGGGAGAAGAGGGUAGGGUUUAUGAAAAUCUGUCCAGCAGCCUUAUGAAAAUCUGUUUAGGAUUUUUGGUGCACUAUUCUACUCCACUGAGAGCAUUUCCAGCAGUGGGGUUUGGGGGAGGGCUGGGGGGGUUUGGGGUAAAAACCCGUUUCCAGCAGUGGAGGCAGGCCCGGGCAAGAUGGUGGGACCCAGCAAAACGGGCUGGCCCGAGCUCCAGCCAGGGCUGGCUCUUGCUGACGUCGUUGUGA